ACCUCUAGUGUACGCAUGCUCCGUGCGCUCAGAGGUCACCCGCGCCGGUAUCUUCCCCACGUGCAAACUAAGGGCAUCACGAUGUAGAGAUGGGAGCUCGCGUGACCCGUGCCAUUCGGAACUUCAACGUGGAGCAGCGAGCGGAGCGGGAGAUCAGCAAGAGGAAGCCCACCAUGGCACCCAAGCACCCUUCCACCCGCGGCCUCCUGCAGGAGCACCUGAGUCAGUAUCCAGAAGUCGAAGAAGACGUUUCUAGAAAAGAUAACAAGCUGCUGUCAUUACUAAGAGAUGUAUAUGUCGAUUCCAAAGAUCCGGUGCCUUCCGUGCGGGUAAAAAAAGUUGAACCACAGGAAGAACGAAAGGAAUUCAGACUGCCCAUAGGAGAUCACUUUGAUAAGAAUAUCAUGGACAUCCCCAAAGGCAAGAUUACUGUUGUAGAAGCAUUGACCCUUCUCAAUAACCAUAAACUCUCUCCAGAAACAUGGACUGCUGAGAAGAUUGCCCGAGACUACCAUUUAGAACUGAAGGAUGUAAAUUCCCUUCUCAAAUAUUUCGUUACUUUUGAAGUCAAAGUCUUUCCUCCUGAAGACAAGAAAGCAAUACAAUCAAAAUGAAGAAAAUCACAAAACAAUCGCCUGUGUGCGCUCCCAAGCUCCGAGUUCUUUUUUGUGUAUUAAAUUAUACAAGUUACUGUGAGUUGAGGGCCAUAACUUUGAGAGCUCUUUGACCUCUUCAGGAUUGUUCAUAUCAUUUUUUUUUUUAAUUUAUGUAUGUGUAGUUCCUGGGUAUGUGUUAGCAGUAUUGAUCAUGUGGCCCAAAUGAUUCAAUAUUAAGUUUCACUUUCCAGUUUGUUCUUUGUAGGAGACAUUGAAAACGAGAGCCCCCUGGCUCCUGUAAGACUGACACUAUGUUAGAGACGGAUAAUCAGCAGGGAGACACAGUGACUAUAUUCCCAGAGGAAACUGAGUGCAAAGGAAGAAAACUAUAUAUUACUAUUCUAGAGAAUAAAAAUCCAUGAGGGUUUUUUAAUGUUUUAAAUUGGUUUUAAACAUGGAAUAACUUUUUAGAAGAAUGUGUGUCUGUGACUUGCUAGCUGUCUCUCUUUUGACAAACAGAAAUAGGUAACUUAAGUUUUCUGAGAGGCAAUACUUAAGACUAUUUGAACAAAUAACUUCUUUUAAAUUUAGAAAUGAGAGAAGUAUGAAAAUCCCUGAAGGGACCUAGAAAGUUAUUCAUUCACUUAAACUCUGGAGCAUGACACAUUCCAGUAAUAGAAUCUCAGAUGAGGUUAUGAGUUUGGGUCAUUCUGGCAUGUUAUACCUGUGGGUUCUUGGCUGUAUGGUUUCACCUCUCCGAAAUUGAAUUUCUAUAAAAGUAUAACUGCCUUAUGUAAAUUUCAGGACAAAAGUGAAGAUAAAUGGCAAAAGACCAGGCAAAUAGAAAGUCUUGUAGUUAAAUUGAGUGUCUGCAGAACACACAGUGGAGUUGUCUGUAGUUCAUGAUGCAAGGAAACCAGAAUUUAGGCUCUCAGAGUCUUACUAGUAUUUUUACUUAUUCUGCCAAAGUGAAACACAUUUCAAGAGGAUGGAAUGGAGUUGGAGGGGUUGAGCUUGUCCAUAUUCUCUCGAGGGAACAAACAGGCAUGCUUGCCUUGAGAUUCCCCUGGAAAUGAUGUGGAAGAUGAGAGGAGUCCAGCCUGGUGAUGGAGGGAGGCAGAUGCAGCAGCAAAGAUGGGAGAUGACUGGAAAGUUUGUCAGCUUUUCCAGAUCUAGUUCCAGUAGAUAAACUAUACCUACUUAUUUGUGGCUAAAUACAGAAGUUUUAAGAAAACAUGCUAAUUCUGAUCAUUGCAAAUUAUAUUGGAAAAUGGAGUCAAAAUCAUCUUCCUUUAAUUUAAAAUGAGUCUGUGAAUCAGUAGGGCUGACUUGUGUUUCCUGGGUGGCUAGUGGAUGUAAACAUGGUUUCUUACAUGGUAUCACACAAUAAAAUCCUUCCAUUUUACACAUUA